AUGAUCCCAUCCUUCCUGAAGGGGAAAAUGACUCAUCCAAGUGCAUCGUCGUCGGCAUUCACCAGCGAUGAUGAGGUACUGAGCCAAGAAGAAGACUUCUCUACUACCAAUAAGCGAAAACUUGUGGAUAUGCUUCAAAAUUCAAGCUCAAGCGCAGUUUCAAAACUCAUCACCAAAAACAAGGAACGAAAAGAAAAGGAAGAACAAACAAAGAAGAAACAGAAAUUUAUCAAAGAAUCAAAUAUAAUGAAGGAAAUUGAAGAACGAAUUCAAAGGAUUGCAACAGUUAGUCACUCAAGUGAUGAAAACAAUCAUCAUGACAAUCAUGAAGAGGAUGAAUGGGAGGAAUUUACUCAACCACAAGAGGAUGAGGAUGGUGACAUGGAAGAAUUCUCCUCCUCAUUACAAGAACAUGAAAGAAUGCAAGACGACGAUGAGAAAGAAGAUGAUUCUCUUCAUAUUACGAUCAAGAAUGAAGAACAUUCCAAGAAGACAAAAAAAGUCAUCCAUCGAAAAUCCAAAGGAGAACAUCGACUUCUUUCCAUUAUGAAUUUGACUCACAUGAUACUCUAUUUUAAUUUUUAUUAUUUAUUGAAUGAAUACAUUUCAUGGGAAUGUGAGGAAGUGAAAGGAGUGAUUUUAAGUCUAUUGGAAAGUCUCAAAUCAUUCACGAGUACCACCACCACCACCACCACUAGCACUACUAGUACCACUAACACCCCCAAUACUAACAAUAACACCACCUCUCCCUUUUCAACGAUUGAAUCAUGUGUGGAAUGGGUCUAUGAAACCUUCACCUUUCACAAGUUUAAAAAACAUUCUUUUUACAAAUUAUUGGUGGAUGAGAAGGAUCAAAUUUCUACACAUUUGAAAAAUCUUGAAAUUCAUAAUAUAUGUGAAUUAUACAUUGCAGUCAUGUUAGUAUUGAUCUACUCUGGAUACACUGUGAGAUUUGUUGCAAGUUUAGAACUUUCACCAUUACUAUUCAUGGAAACGAAGAAAAAAAAGAAAAAAAAAAAGAAACAUUUUGAACAUGAUAUUUGGUUAGAAGUAAAUGAUCCAAAAGAAAAACAACAUGAAACUCGAUUACAUUACACAACCAUUGAAUUAGGUCAAAAAGAACCCAUCAUUGAAAAUACAACAUUGAAUAUUGAAGCCGUUGAAAAACUUUACAAAAAGAUGAGCAAAACUUUAUGUGAAUAUCCCAUUGUAGUGGUUUCCUUUGAUUAUCUUGGAAAGAUUCAAGAUAAGAGAUUUAAUGAUGAUCCUAAUAAUGGAAAUGAUCAUUCAGAAAAGAGUAAUGAUGAUAGUAGUCGCGAUCAUGUAAAUGAUGAUUUUCAUUCAGAAAUGUCAAUCAAGAGUGAAAGUGGUGGUGAUGUUAGUGGUGGUGAUGGAAGUGAUGAUCGAAGUGAUGAUCUAUUUCAUUACGUCAUUCGAGAUGUUACUCCAAAACAUUUUCUAUGUAAACCUCCAAGUACUUUGAUUGGAAAAGAGAAUUAUCAAUAUGUUGAACAUGCCAUGAAAGAAUUACUUGAUGAAAUCAAUGAGAAGAAUUAUUCAAAGUAUGAUGAUUCAACCACUCUCAGAAUUCAACGAAUGAAGAAUGCUGCUACUAGUCCUCCUUCUUCAAUGACGACUCGAUUGAAAAGCAAAGUGAAUCAUGAUUUCAUCAUUGAGAAUGUCAUGCAACAACAAGAGGAUGUGAUUCUCCUCUCACACCAUUCUCAUCCUCCUUCUCCUCCUUCUCCUCCUUCUCCUCAUCCUCCUCAUCCUCCUCUUCAUUUGGCAUCAUCGAUAGCAUUGAGUAAUAGUACUACUUCAACAAGUAGUAGUAGUAGUAGUAGUACUAUUACGAGUAGUGGUGGUGCUACACGUGAUUCGAAUCAUCACUUGGACCACUACAAGGACACGAAGACAUUUAUGAAUUCUUUUUCUAAAAUUUUAACCAAUCCAUUCAUUGAAAAAGAUUCUCUACUCAUUCAAAGUAUUCUCACUCAAAUGGAAUUGGAAGUUCCUUCUUCCAUUCAAGACUUUCAAACACAUCCCAUUUAUGUCAUUGACAAGUUCAUUCCAAAAUAUGAAGGAAUGUAUCCAAAAGAUGUUGAACCAGUGUGUGUGGUAAAAAACCAUAAUGUCUAUUUGAGAUCCUCAUUGAAACCUCUUCACACCAAAGAUCGAUGGCUUCGAGAUGAAAUGAAAAAAGUCAAAGAUCAUGAAAAACCUUACAAAAUAGUCAAGUCAGCCAAAUUUAGUAAACACUCGGAAUAUACCGAGUUGUUUGGAGAGUGGCAAACAGAACCCUAUUCCGUUCCAAUGGUUACUCUCAAUGAUCCCAUUCCAAAGAGUGAAAAGGGAACUUAUGAAUUGUGGAAUUCAAACUUUUUACCACAAGGAUGUAGUCAUAUCAGUACAGCCAAUACUCCUCUCAAAGGUUUAACAAUUGUUGCACGAAAAUUAGGAAUUGAUUAUGCAAGAGCAAUGGUUGGAUUUGAAUUUAGACAAAAACGUAGUAUUCCAAAAUAUGAUGGAAUUAUUGUUCACUCUGAAAAUGAACAAGUGUUAAGAGAAGCUUAUGUGGCCUAUGAAAAGAAACGACUUGAAAAGAUGAAAAAGAAGAAACAGGAUCGAAUUAUGAAUAAUUGGUGUAAACUUGUGAGAGGUUUAUUAGCAAGAGAAUAUGUCAAGGAUAAAUAUUUGAAUAAGAAGGAAGAAGUAUUCUUGAGAGAUGUCAUUGAAGUGAUGGAUGAUGGUGAGGAUGGUGUUGGUGUCGCUAGUAGUAGUAGUAGUAGUACGAGUGGUUCUGGUCUUGUUGCUAGUAGUAGUAGUAGUACGAGUGGUCAUAAUGGUGGUAGUAAUGGCAAUGGCACAGAAGAUCAUCACCAUGAACACAAGAAAGAAGAAACAAAGACUUCUUCUCCACCAAAAGUGCAACGAAUGCUUGCCAGUGGAAAAAUUGUAGAGUUUGAACAGUUAUAA